ACUGCGUUUGAGCUCCGUCACUAUAUUCUUUUCAUUGACUAUUUUUAACUUAAAAAUCAAUUUUAUACAUCAUUGUUUCCGUUUAUAUAACGCGUGAAUAUAUCCUCUAUUGUAUUCUACAACAAAAACAAUCAGAGCGCCUCGCUAUCACUAGUUUUAUUUUGAUCUCCCGGGUCCGCUAUUAGCUUUUAGCCAGUUAGCAUCAGCAAGCGUGUUUGCUGCUAACUGCGCUUACAUUGCUAAUACUCUAUUCUCACACAUUACCACUGCUGUACUCACUGUUACUUGCUUUAAUGGCGGAUGAAUGUCUCCACUCUGUGCAGCUCGAGCUCGAGGCCGUGGGGAAGCAGAUUCGCGACCUGGAACAGAAGCAGGCCCAGCUGAGAGAGCGGAGAGCCGCGCUGGAAUCAUCCCGGGCUGACGCUCACAAGUCCGGGGCCCGGUGCACCCAGGACGCGAUCUUCCCAGAUGUCCUUCACUGCGACGCCGGGACACCACGGACCCUGGGUGCAUCCACAGCGGAGGACGCGAGCCGGGUCCCGGGCGACUACUUCUCCCCCUCCUGCCUUCGAGCUCUCCAUCCAGAACCGCUUCGCUCCCCUCCGCGAGACAGGACGCGACGCUGUGAUCAUCGGAGACUCCAUCGUCCGACACAUACCCGCGAUCCUGAAGGACGGCGAGAGCCCCAGAGUGGUCGUGCUUCACGCCGGGGUUAACGACACCACGCUGCGGCAGACGGAGACGCUGAAGAGGGACUUCAGGAGCCUGAUCGAGACGGUUCGCAGCACGACGCCCGCGGCGACGAUCGUCGUGUCAGGACCACUGCCCACGUAUCGACGAGGACACGAAAGGUUCAGUAGACUUUUUGCUUUAAAUGAAUGGUUGUUGUCAUGGUGUAAAGAACAGAAACUGCUAUUUGUUAAUAACUGGAAUCUUUUCUGGGAGCGUCCUAGACUGUUUCGCGCUGAUGGAUUACACCCCAGCAGAGUCGGAGCGGAGCUGCUCUCUGACAACAUCUCCAGGACACUUCGCUCCAUGUGACUAGUAAGACAAUUCUCAAAUAACCAUUAUGAUGAGUUUUGUUCUAACCGCUUAAAUGCUAAAGGUACUUGCGCUGUAAAACCUAUUAAGACUGUGUCUGUUCCCCGAAUAGUGAGGUCAAAAUAUAAAUAUAAUGUAGGAUCUAGAAAAAAUCUUAUCGUAAUUAAACCAGAAAAAUGUAAAGUAAAUGAACAAAAACAAUUUUUAAAGUUUGGGCUCAUAAAUAUUAGAUCACUCGCACCAAAAGCAGUUAUUGUAAAUGAAAUGAUCACAGAUAAUAGUUUUGAUUUACUCUGCUUGACUGAAACCUGGCUAAAACCAAAUGAUUAUUUUGGUCUAAAUGAGUCUACUCCACCAAACUACUGUUAUAAGCAUGAGCCCCGUCAGACUGGUCGUGGCGGGGGUGUUGCAACAAUAUAUAGUGAUAUUCUCAAUGUUACCCAGAAAACAGGAUACAGGUUUAACUCUUUUGAAAUACUUCUGCUAAAUGUUACACUGUCAGACAUGCAAAAGAAAUCUAAUGUAUCUCUUGCUCUGGCUACUGUGUAUAGACCACCAGGGCCGUAUACAGAAUUCCUGAAAGAAUUUGCAGAUUUCCUCUCAGACCUUCUAGUUACAGUUGAUAAGGCGCUAAUCAUGGGAGAUUUUAAUAUUCACGUUGAUAAUGCAAAUGAUACAUUAGGACUUGCGUUUACUGACCUAAUAAACUCCUUUGGAGUCAAGCAAAAUGUCACCGGGCCCACUCAUCGUUUUAAUCAUACACUAGAUUUAAUUAUAUCGCAUGGAAUCGAUCUUACUGCUAUAGAUAUUGUACCUCAAAGUGAUGAUAUUACAGACCAUUUCCUUGUAUCGUGCAUGCUGCGUAUAACUGAUAUUAACUAUAUGUCGCAGCGUUACCGUCUGGGCAGAACUAUUGUUCCAGCCACCAAAGAAAGAUUCGCAAAUAACCUGCCUGAUCUAUCUCAACUGCUAAUUGUACCCAAAAAUACACACGAAUUAGACGAAAUUACUGACAACAUGGGCACUAUUUUCUCUAAUACAUUAGAAGCUGUUGCCCCAAUCAAAUUGAAAAAAGUUAGAGAAAAACGUACUGUACCAUGGUAUAACAGUAAUACUCACUCUCUCAAGAAAUUAACUCGUAGUCUUGAACGCAAAUGGAGAAAAACUAACUUAGAAGUUUUUAGAAUUGCAUGGAAAAACAGUAUGUCCAGCUAUAGACAGGCUCUAAAAACUGCUAGGGCAGAGCAUAUACACAAACUCAUUGAAAAUAACCAAAACAAUCCUAGGUUUUUAUUUAGCACAGUGGCUAAGUUAACAAAUUACCAGAUGCCACCUGAUUCAAAUAUUCCACCAACGUUAAAUAGUAAUGACUUUAUGAAUUUCUUCACUGAUAAAAUAGAUAACAUUAGAAAUACAAUAGCGAAUGUAGAUUCUACAGCGUCUAACACUUCAGUUUCAUCCAUCGCACCCAAAGAUAAACUGCA